AUGCAUCAAGUUUGGGACUAUUAUUCGAACCGUUAUAUUGCCAUGGUUACCGCCAAGAAUAAGGGUCUGGGUCGGAAUCAAAUCAAGAAAGGGUUUAGAAAGUUUUCGAAGAAGAUGGAGGGAUCAGAGAAAUUCAAGAGGGAGCCUAUCUUCAUAAAGCGCAAUAUCUACCUGAAGAAGGAAUUUAAGAAGACGGUUCAAGAUCAUGGCAUCUUCUGUUCUUGCUCUUCAUCUCCUGGCUCUUCAACUCUCUGUGGAGAAGACUGCGGUUGUUGGAUUCUCUAUUCAAGUUGUUCAUCUAUUUGUGCGUGCAAAUGUGAGUGCACCAACAAGCCUUUCCAACAAAGACAUAUCAAGAAAAUGAAAUUAGUUCAGACCGAGAAAUGUGGAUAUGGGGUCGUAGCAGAUGAAGAUAUAAAUUCAGGAGAGUUUAUCAUAGAAUAUGUUGGAGAAGUUAUCGACGAUGAGAUAUGUGAACAAAGGCUUUGGAAGCUGAAGCAUAAGGGCGAGACAAACUUCUACUUGUGUCAGAUAGACAUGAAUUUGGUAGUUGAUGCUACUUACAAGGGGAAUAAAUCAAGAUUUUUCAAUCACAGCUGCAACCCGAAUACAGAGAUGCAGAAAUGGAUAAUUGAUGAAGAGACAAGACUAGGCAUCUUUGCUACCCGUGACAUAAACAAAGGAGAGCACCUGACUUAUGAUUAUCAGUUUGUUCCGUUUGGUCCAGAUCAAGAUUGCCAUUGUGGUGCCGUAUGUUGCAAGAAAAAGCUUGGUGCAAAAGCUAGCAAAACUAAGAACAUACCCUCGGAUGAAGAUGUGAACUUAGCAGCAUGUAAAGUAGGGACCAGCAAACGGCCCAAGGUCACGUACGAGGAUGGCGUUACCGAGACGAUUGACAUGUCCGAAGAAGUUUGGAAGUUCAUAACUGUUGCUUCAGGCUACUUUCUGAUUCCAUUUUUUUUUAAAUUCUCUUGA